GCGACGUCUAGAAGCCUGUAAACGCGGAAGUCAAUAGUCACGAAGCUCAGAGACCGAAUCUUAGGCUAAGUUUUCUCAGAAUCCUCUCCGACAACCAGAACCGAAUUAUGAAGAAACAUUGGUUCGGGGUAGCUGUGCUCUGUUUCGUGGUCUGUUCAGGUCUGGCACUGGAAUGUGCCUGGGACGAGUCCGUCAAUGAGAGCCAGAGUCUGGAUCCCGUCGCGCUGAACGCGUUAAGGCUUGGCGAUGCGGUACCGGGGACCCCGGAGACCUGCCGGAGCGCGUGCUGCAACAGGUCGGACUGCGACCUGGUCCUGGUCACGUUCCCACAGAACCAGAAUCCAGAGUGCGUGCUGGUGAGCUGCUGGUUCCAGAACCGGGACCAGUGCGUCCUCCAACCCAGCAACGGGAACGGUUCGCAGGACAAGGUUUACCGCAAGAAGGUGGAUCCAGGAAGACGCUCAGCUCCGGACGGCGCCGGGGAGACGCACGUCGCCCCGAUGCUUCUGGUACCGAGCAACGCGGAGACCAGAGAGACGAACCAGACCAACCAGACCAACGACAGUCUGUGCCGUCAGCCGGUGAAGGUGGGAGCGUGCCGCGCUGCGUUCCCCAGGUUUUUCUACAACACCACUGAGCAGAGAUGCCGCAGCUUCAUCUACGGCGGCUGUGAAGGAAACGGGAACAACUUCGACUCUCAGGAAGCGUGCGAGGAGACCUGCAGCGGCGUCACAGGCCCAGUUCUGGAUGACCCGGCUCCUAGUGGACAUCCAGCCAAAGCUCUGCGAAGGGCUCCAGUCUCUGCUUCAGAGCUCUGCCUCGCGGAGCCCAUCACCGGGCCCUGCAGGGCAGCGAUUCCUCGCUGGUUCUACAACUCCAAGACAGGGAACUGUGAGCAGUUCGUCUACGGAGGCUGCGGAGGAAACAAGAACAACUAUCUGAGCCAGGAGAGCUGCGUAGCUACCUGCACAGUGAGUGCGCUGCCGUCUGCUAAGGAACCCUCACCUGGCGACAAAGAGCUGUGCAAGGCCGACCCUGAAGCAGGUCACUGCAGGGCAGCGUUCCCUCGCUGGUUCUUCAACCACAGGACGGGGAACUGUGAAACCUUCAUCUACGGAGGCUGCGGAGGAAACGAGAACAACUUCAACAGCAGGGAGAGCUGCUUCGCCACCUGUACAGGCUCCUUCGACAGCCAGGGUGAAGAUCGCCGUCGGAGGAGAGCAGCCUUCUUCCUCUUCAUCGCUCUGGCAGCCGUCGCUGCUCUGCUGCUGGUGGCGCUCAUCACUGUGUCGCUGAGACGGCGCCGCCUGUCUCGACGUUCGUCUGUUGUCAGUGACAAACAGGAGCUGCUGCCGGAGGACACGCACUCGUCUCUGGAGUCUCUGAGCGCUCCCGACGGCCCCAAACCAGACGUGGCCUGAGGCGGCUCGCACCAGCUGAGGCUGUGGAUCCGGAGGUUGUUGAAGAGUUUCAUCUUUUUUAGGCGGAUGAGUGAGGUCAAAGGUCAACUUGCUCUCUUUUAAAAAACUAGACUUUACAUUCAAGGAUCAGUUCAGUUGUUUUCUUCUUCUCCUUCCAGAGACUCAGACGCUCAAAUGUUAGAGAGAGAAUCCAGAUCUCGAAUUUUUAGUUUCCUCCAGUUUAAGCUAGAAUUUUCAGCCAGUGAUUCUCUACCGUGCUUUCACAUUUAAUCCUUUUUAAAUGGCUUUAAAUAGACAUUUGAAUCCUUUGUUUACCUUUGUCACAGGAGAAUAAGGAAAACAUUUUGGAUUUCACAGUUAAAUCUGAAAUGGACAACUCAAAGAAAAAGUUAAAACCAUUCAAUCCAUUUUAAUCCCAGAUCCAUGGAGCCUAUGUUACCCAGCAUGCACCUGGCUGAGAACCACUGUCGCAAUAAUAAUAAUCUGCACUAACUCUGAAUCAUGGACUCUGGCACCAAAGUGUAAUUUAUUCAGCAUGAUUUUUGAUGAUUGAAGGGACGUUUUGACUUUAACUGGUCAUUUAACUAUUUGCUGUGAGAUAUUUUAUUAGACAUUUACAACAAUUAAAAUCACUAGUGUGGAAUUAAACAUGUUAAUGUUCUUUCCUGUCUAAUAAAGUUCAAAUAUACUUUG